AUGGUGGGCGCCACGGGCGGGUUCGUCACGCGGGCCUUCGAGGCCAUGCUCAAGGAGUGCGCCGCCAACCGCGGCAAGUUCGCCGCGCUGCAGCAAUCCAUCCAGUCAUACCUCGAAAGCAUCAAGGGGGCUAAGGCAGAGGGCGCGGUCAUCACGGAGGCGCUCGCACAGGGAGCUUGCCGCACGACCACCGGCAACUGCAGGUGA